AUGUAAACAUGCGCUUUUAUAUUUCAAACUUGCUUGUCCGACUCAAUUUCGCAAAUGAUUAUGUUAAGAUAACAAAUUUCCACACAAAAAUAUUGCCAAUAUCCAUAGAUAUUGCGUUAAAUGUUUUUGCUAGUAGGCUGCUCAGUAUUUAACUCACUCCAUUGAAAAUAUGAUUCUGAUAAGUUUAUCGAGAUAAAAACUAUUAUAUGUGAAAACAGGAAGUAAGAAGCAUGUGUGAAUGUUACCUUUAGUGAAAACAACUUUAAUGAUAUAGACAUGCCGAUUAAAUGUAAAACGGAUUGUGGCCGAAAUGCAGUACUUAAGCGCCCAAAAACAUCAGACGCUCUAUGUAAAGAAUGCUUUUUUGCCGCUUUUGAAGCAGAAAUUCACUAUACAAUAGUAACUAAUAAACUAUUUAAAAAAGGAGAAAAGAUUGCUGUAGCCGCGAGCGGUGGAAAGGAUUCAACAGUUUUAGCUUAUGUAUUAAAAAUACUCAAUGAUCGCUAUGAUUAUGGCCUUCAACUAAUUCUUUUAUCCAUCGAUGAAGGCAUAACUGGGUACCGAGAUGACAGUCUUGAGACAGUUAAAAAAAAUCGCGAUGACUAUCAAAUGCCUCUAAAAAUACUUUCUUACGAUGAAUUGUAUGGUUGGACUAUGGAUCGUAUUGUUGGACAAAUUGGACGAUCAAAUAAUUGCACUUUUUGUGGAGUUUUUAGACGACAGGCAUUGGAUCGUGGAGCAAAACAGCUUGAAGUAGAUAGUAUAGCAACUGGACAUAAUGCCGAUGAUAUAGCAGAAACCGUUUUGAUGAACAUUUUGCGGGGAGAUACCGCUCGUUUAAUGCGUUGCACGGAUAUAAGUACAGGUGGCGGAGAGAACACAAUUCCUCGCGUCAAACCUCUUAAAUAUACUUACGAAAAGGAAAUUGUUAUGUAUGCUCAUUUUAAAAAAUUGGUGUACUUUUCAACCGAGUGUGUCUUCGCACCCAACGCAUAUCGAGGACAUGCUCGAGCAUACCUAAAAGACUUGGAAAGAGUUCGACCCUCGGUUAUUAUGGAUAUAAUACAUUCUGGAGAGCAACUACUUUUUAAAGACACUGUAAAAAAACCAGUUCGAGGCAUAUGUGAACGCUGUGGAUUCGUAUCAUCUCAGCAACCGUGUAAAGCUUGUAUUUUAUUAGAAGGAUUAAAUAGAGGACUACCAAAGUUAGGAAUUGGAAAGAAAUCUAAAGGAGAUCGGAUGAGAUUGAAACAGGAUAAAGAACUCGCUUUAAGGGAGCGUGCCAAUUUAGUUAAAAAUGAUUUCUGAUAUCAAAUAAAACAAUAUACAUACGUAAUUUAGUUUGAUUUUAAAAUUACCACACAAAGGCUUUUUCGUAAAACCAACUUCUAUUCUCAUUUAAGGCUGAUUUUAGUAUAAUUUUUGGUUGUCGGGUAGUAGAAUAUAGUAAUAAAACUAAGGGAGUCUAUGACCUUCAAAAUAAGUUAAUAUAAUAUCAAAUUUGAUUGUAAUCCCUUCACGCUUUGUCGAACAAUCAAGUUGAACGCUUUCGCUACAUUUUUUAUUAUUGCGAACCCCUGAAGGUAUUUAGACCACUUUGACCCUUGUUCUAAACUCAUAUUUAUAUCGAUAUAGUACACUAAACCCAUUACAAAUUUAACGUAUCAAGAUGCAAAGGGGAAAUAACUACCUUGCUUAUUUACCUUUAGAAUAUUGCAACAACACAGUUUUGAGACAAAGGACUACUAAUUAUUAUAAAUUCCCUCGCUUUUUUCUUAAUUGCUCUAUAUUUCAUGGAGAAUUAUUAUACACGGUCUGGACUUUCCAAAAUAAAUUUAUAUAUAAAAUAUUUGAUUAGGAUGCAAGUAGCUGUAACAUAUAUUUAUUAUUUUAUUAAAUGCAAUACAAUUUUAUUUAUAUGUAAAGAAAUUAUCGUCUCGGCCUUCGUCAUUCUAGUUACUUCCACAGAUCCAUUUUUUAAGGGUAUCCUGUACAAUAUAUAUAGCAGCUAGCAUUUGAUCCAUAUGGUUAUGUUUCU